AGCACAGCGUGCCGUCUGUCUGUCUGCCGCGUGGGGUCCUCAUUUUCAAAACAAACAAAAUGGCGGCGCGCAUGAGAUGGGGUCUUCAGCAGCUUUUACGGACAAGAAAUACGGCUCACUUUAGGUUUCCACAGCAAACCAGACGUUCAUACCACUCACUGUCCCCGACUCAGAGCUUCAGAAGAGUCCAGCCUCACCUCGGGAUAGGAGCCACACAAUUCCCAAUAAGACACCUGUCCAUCCAGACUCAAGAUACACCGAACCCCAGAAGCCUGAAGUUUCUUCCCGGUAAACCCGUCCUAGGAAGUGGAACGCUUGACUUUCCUUCUCCAAGCUCAGCUGGAUGUUCUUCUUUAGCCAGAGACCUCUUUGAAAUUGAAGGAGUACAGAGUGUGUUCUUUGGCCCCGACUUCAUUACUGUCACUAAAACGGACGAGGAUGUUGAGUGGACGGACAUUAAGCGUCAUGCUCUGGAGGCCAUUGCUAAGUUCUUUGAGAGUGGUGAGCCGAUAACAACUGGAGCAGUGCACCAUGAAAGCAGUCAUUCUGAAGAUGAUGAUGAUAUUGUUUGUAUCAUAAAGGAGCUUCUGGACACCAGAAUCAGACCUACAGUGCAGGAGGAUGGAGGUGAUGUCAUCUUUAAGGGUUUUGAGAACGGAGUAGUCAAGCUGAAGCUGGUUGGUUCCUGCACAGGUUGUCCCAGUUCUACAGUCACACUGAAAAAUGGGAUCCAGAACAUGAUGCAGUUUUACAUCCCUGAAGUGGACAAAGUGGAACAGGUGGAAGAUGAAGUGGAUGAAAUCAGUGCAAAGGUUUUCUCAGAAGUGGAGCGCAAAUUGCAAGAUGAGAAAGUUCCCCAGCCGACCCACUCAUAGACUUUGUUAUAUACACAGCACUGUAGUGUUUCCACAUAUUACUGUUCUAAAUCAUAAUACUGAGGAACAGAAAAUUACCUACUAUACUGUAUACUGUUAAGAGUUCUGUACAUACUGUAUUCACCCAGUUGCCAGGUAGAGAUCAUUAACUGUAUGUCUGUUUACAGAAGGUUCACUGUAAAUGGUGUGUUUUUAUUUAUUAUAAAUACUGUAUAUUUUGAAAGAUGGAGAUAUUUGAACGUGUGUGGCAUUGGUUAAGACUGUUUAGAGGGACGUUUUGAUAAAAUGAUCCACCGGCAAGUACAGUAAUCUGUAAAUGAAAUACGAGAUACUGAGGCUACAAUUAUUAAUUGAACUGAGGUAGGAUAACAGUUUAUAUGUAACCUGAAUUUAUGUGGUCUAAUGUAAUAACUUCAUUACAUUAAAGUUCACUAUUUGAAA